AUGGUGGAGUCCUUUGAGACAUGUUGCGUCCAGGCAAGGACUAGUCUAGUUGCAUUCAUGUUGCAUCUCUUGGACUGUUUCAUGAGCAAGGCCAGCAAAAUGGUCAACAACCCCACUGACAAUGGCUGCGAAGUAUGUGUGAGCGUGCCUGUGUGUCCGACUGGGCCAGGUGGAGAACAGCCGAGUUGCAGCGCGGAGACAGAUCUUCCGCUUCCAGAGCUCCUUGCUGAGUGUGGCCGAGUUCGUCGGGGGCCACAGCACCACGUCGGUGCCACCGGUCAGUGCCUUGGCGUGUCUCUACGACCCGCCCUUUGCGUCCUCCGCCUGGGAGCUGAUCAAAGUGGACCUGAGCCCCGUCACUGGUCGCAGGACGACGAGUCUCUCGCUGUGAGGGUGAACUUGCAAGAUGGCCUCCUCGAGCUGGUGCAGGCCUUAGCCAAGGACUUCGGGGAAGAGUUCGCCAUCGGCGCGCAGACCGAGACUGAGACGACCGAGCAGUUGCGGCCGCUCAGCGAGGAGUUCAAGUGCAUCUCUUUGGGCGAGCUCUACUUGCCACCUACGCCUAUUUGUGCUGAUUUGCGGCUUUCUGCGCCAGGAGCCCCAGUCGAUCUGGCACAACACAGCGACAGACCGAGAGCAAAAUAG